CCGCGCUUGGCGGUCUUGCCGUAAAGCGCGGCGCGGGUGUCGCGCUGCCGCCGCGGCGGAGGGAGAGAGAGAGAGAGAGAGAGAGGAGAGGUGGAGGGAGGGAGGGAGGGAGGGAGCGGCUGGCUGAGGCGGGGGAGGGGGCCGCGCAACGGACGAAACCGCCGGGCUGAGCGGGGGGCGCGUGGCCGGUCCGUCCGCCCUCCCUCCCGGGGGGCCGGUGAGGGGAGAUCAGGGGAGGAGGAGGAGGACGCCGCCGCCGCCGCUCAACGCAGCGCCGAGGAGGGUCCGGGUUGGGCCAGGCCGGCCUAGGCCGCUUCGCCCCCCCUCCUCCCGCCCCUCGGAGGGCCCGAGUGAGCGAGGGAGGGGCCCGGCUCCGCCCCGCCUCCAGGCCUCCCCUGCAGCCUCCCAUGUCCCAAUGGACUCCUGAAUGUGGCCUCGUCUACACCCUGGUAGCGGAUAUGAAGAGUGACGUUUCCUCUGGGGCACCAAAGAGGCAGGAGAGUCUGAAAGGGGCCCUCUUGAACCCUCAGCCCAUGGAGGCCGCCAAAAGCUUCCCGGAAGAAGUGGAGAUGAUCGCCAGCAAAGUCGGCGAGAGCUUCUCCCACCUCUGCGGCGACUCUCAAAAGCCGAAGGAGGUGAACGGGAGCCGCCCGGAGCAAGAGGCGAUCGUCACGCGGAAGAAACGCAAGAGCCAGCAGGCUGGCCCUUCAUACGCGCAGAGCUGUGACGGCAAGGAAAACCCGCACAUCUUGGGGUUAAGGCAGCGCCUCGAAACCCAGAGCGAGGACAACGACUCCUCCUUCAGCGAGUGCGUGUCCUCGCCGUCGUCCAGUUUGCAUUUUGGGGACUCCGACACGGUGACCUCCGACGAGGACAAGGAGGCUGCCCCCGUCAGGCACACUCGAGCGGUGCUGAGCGCUUCCAGCAGGACUCACGGCUCCCGGCCACAGAAGUGGCCUCGGACAGAAACGGAGCCCGUGCCGGGCCUGCUGCUGAAAAGGCCCUGCUUCCACAGUAGCAGUAGCUCUUUGAGGAGGCUCCCCUACCGGAAGAGGUUUGUGAAAACGAGCUCCUCCCCACGGACGCAAAACCAAAAAGAGCGGAUUUUGAUGCAGCGGAAAAAAAGGGAGGUCUUAGCCAGGCGGAAGUACGCGCUGCUGCCCAGCUCCAGCAGCUCCAGCGAGAACGACCUCAGCAGCGAGUCCUCGUCCAGCUCUUCUACGGAGGGGGAGGAGGAGAUCUUUGUGUCCACGGGUGAAAACCACCAAAACAGUACUGCUGUCCCCUCAGGGAGUAUCGAUGAAGACGUUGUGGUGAUCGAGGCAUCCUCCACGCCCCAAGUCACGGCCAAUGAAGAAAUUAACGUUACCUCAACAGACAGUGAAGUAGAGAUUGUGACGGUUGGUGAAAGUUACCGGUCUCGGUCCCACUGGGGCCACGGCUCCAGCUCGCACGCCCCACGGUCGCAGGAGCAGCGGAACCGCAGCAGGAUUUCCACCGUCAUUCAGCCACUGAGGCAGAACGCGGCAGAAGUGGUGGACCUGACAGUAGAUGAAGAUGAGCCCACCGUUGUGCCAACCACGUCCUCCAGAGUGGACGCCCAGGCUGCCAGCUCUGCGUCCAGCGAAGGCUCCGGCAGGCCUGCGGCAGACCAGGCCCCCGAGAUUGUUUCGAGCAUCUCCAGCAGCCAGACGACAGCGGCCCCGGAGCCUUUGGCCUCCUUUGCCAACAGCAGUGGCCCCGGGAGCUCCACAGGAGAUGAUGCCAGAGGAAAUCCCUGCAGCUCCACGCUCGACCCUGGCCCUCCCGCCCUGCCGCGGCUGCCCUCCUGCUGCCCCCAGCACUCCCCCUGCAGCGGGGGGUCUUCGCAGAGCCACCCGGGCCUGGGCCACCCUCCGGCCAGCUGUUUCCAGCCGCACGGCCCCCACUUCCAGCACCACCACCAUCACCACCACCACAGCCCCCACACGAGCGUCCCCCUCUCGCCACCCUUCAGCGAGCCCAGCUGCCCUGCGGAGCGGCCUCCUCCGGUGCCAGCGCCCAGCGGGACUUCCGGCACUGCUUACCACGACCAGCAGGCGCUCCCCGUCGACUUGAGCAGCAACGGCAUCCGGAGUCACGGGGCGUGGGCUAAACCUUCCCAGGGCGCCUCGGCCUUUGACCCCUGCUGCCCGGGGUCUUCCUCCCGGACGUCCAUCUACGGCCACCAGGCUGCUCUCCGCCUCGGCCACCCCAUCGCCCUCGACGGAUACGGGCUAACAUGGUCCUCCCCAGCCGCAGCUCCUCGGCCUGUCCAGGUACCUCGGGCUCCUCGCCUGUCCUGCCGGCAUUACAUGCACUCCCCUUACGCUUCUCUGACCCGACCGCUUCAUCACCAACUGCCAGCUUCUUCGCCCCCUACUCCUCACGGGAACUCCGCCUCUCUCACUUCUCAAGCUGCCAUGCCGUACUUCAGUGCCCCAGCCCUCCUAAAGUUCCACUACGUGAUCCCCCACCCCGUGCACCCCUUCCACCCGUCCCUCUCCUCCUCGCACGCCUCCUCCCACCCUGUGCCCCCGCCCCCGCCCCCGCCCCCCCUGGCCGUCAGCCUCUUCUCUCUAGCACCUCCUCCCGGCAGCCCCCCCUGUGCCCCCUCUCCCACCACUCUCCCCACGGGCGGCCUUCGGCCCAGGAGGCUGCACCCUCAAUGACGCGGAUCCCAGCGGAUGGAGGUCCAGAGGCGCAGGAUGAUGCAGCACCCCACGCGAGCGCACGAGCGGCCUCCACCGCACCCCCACCGGAUGCACCCCAACUACGGCCACGGGCAUCACAUUCACGUGCCCCAGACGAUGUCUUCUCACCCUCGGCAAGCUCCGGAGCGGUCCGCCUGGGAACUGGGGAUCGAAGCCGGUGUGACGGCAGCCACCUACCCGCCGGGACCGCUGCACCCACACUUGACUCACUACCAUGCCCCUCCCCGGCUUCACCAUUUGCAAAUCGGGGCUCUCCCUUUAAUGGUUCCUGACAUGGCGGGCUACCCUCACAUCCGUUACAUUUCAUCGGGAUUGGAUGGAACUUCAUUCAGAGGCCCUUUCAGGGGCAAUUUUGAGGAACUGAUUCAUCUGGAAGAACGGCUGGGAAACGUGAAUCGUGGAGCUUCCCAAGGAACAAUCGAAAGGUGCACGUACCCACAUAAAUACAAGAAGAGGAAGCUGCACUGCAAGCAAGAUGGGGAGGAAGGAACCGAGGAGGACACAGAGGAAAAGUGCACCAUUUGUUUAUCUAUUUUAGAGGAAGGUGAAGAUGUCAGGCGCCUGCCGUGUAUGCAUCUUUUCCACCAAGUGUGUGUCGAUCAGUGGCUGAUUACUAACAAGAAGUGCCCCAUUUGCAGAGUGGACAUUGAGGCUCAGCUGCCCAGUGAGAGUUGACCCCCUUCCCCUUCCCCCCAGCCCUCUCACGCUCCUCCUCCUCCUCCACGCCCAUUCUUCCUGGUACUGCAGUCAACCAAAGAUGGCAUGACUUAUCCGUGCAGAUGUUGGAAGCAUUGGAACCUGCUAGAGUGCUAUGUGUCUGCUCUAUGGUAUACCUAAUGCUAAACCUACAGUUCCGUGUAUUUAUAAAGCUUUUUUUUUUUUUAGAAUUUACAGUUUCCUCAACUCUUAACCACGUUUCCCUGUAUUUUUGCAUGUUUCCUUGUAUUGCAUUUCUUUGCACAUGUUAUGGGCUUAAAUCACCCUCCCAAACUUGCAGGCAAGAUUUAUCUGCUUUAGAAAGUAGAAUUGUUGUGGUCCGGUUUUUUUAAUUUUUUUUUUUUUACAUAGAGUUGAGCUUUUCAGAAUAUGAUUUCACUCAUUACUAACAUCCGGAGACCUUAAUUUAAUCAUGUAUUUAGUUUUAAAUGUAUAAAAGAUCAAGAUGAUAUUGUUUUAAAGACAUUCCUUAAUUAGGAAAUAAACGGCUGCUGUAUUCUUAACGUUGGGCAGAAAUGCCACGCGCUUCUCUUGCGUAAGCGCCACUUAAAAAUAAACCGGAACGACGUUAGCGUGCCACAGCGCUGAUUUGUUCCAAAGUGUCCCCCGUCGGCAGUGACGGGGGGCACAAGUUGCAGAUCCUCUCGGUUCCUAGUGGGUCACCCUUGAUUCCUGGAGCAUCCCUUUCUGAUCAUGUGUCCAUAUUGCGAAGCCUUUAGCGCAGUGCAGAUUUAUUUGAAUGUCAAUAUUAAAACAUUUAGACUGCUGUCAGAUUGUAUGUACCAUUUUCUUACGUCUAGCCACGGGGGGUGGGGGAUCAUCCCUCUAACGUAAUAUUUUGCUGCAGUGGAAAACAGCUCUCAUGAACACUAAAUAUUAGAUUUCGACUAGCUGGGAUGUAGAUAUGUGCAGAUUGAAUAAAUAAAGUUUGUAGCAAAAACGGGGAAAGACAUUUUUGGGCUCUUCAGUCUUCUGCUUAAAAGUUCACCCGAAGAUCUGCACAAAAAUGGUUUUUGUUAAAAAAAGAAAAGGAGAAAAAACAAACAAAAAAACCCCAACAAACUUCGAAUCAUGACUUAGAAUUAUUGCAUUUCUUAUAGCAGAUUUCCAUGACUCCAUAGAACUUUCAAGGUCCCUGCUCAAUCCUGGGCCUUUUUUUUUUUUAAUUUUACGGUUAAUAAAGUUAGCUGAAUCCA